UUAAUUUUAGACGCGAGGCGGGAUUGUGAAUUUUUUGUCGGAAGUGUUUUGCUAAGAAAAAUAUAAAUAAUGGAUGAUGUGAUGGAUUUCUUCGAUUUCUCGAAGGAAUGUAAGCGCGAGUUAGCCCCACAGGGCUACAUUAGCAGUAACCCGGGCACCAUGGCCGUGGAAGCCACCGAAUCUAAGGUUGUAAAGCGCGAGGUAGUCGGCACCGGCUAUGUCGCUGACAUCGUAGCGACGGAAAAGCUUCGCCUCAACGGGAAUGCCAAGGAAUGCCUUCUCAAUAAUCGCAAUCGUACGAUGAACGACUUGGACGAAAUGGAAUCAGACGAUGAGAAGGAGGACGGGUUCGAAAUCCGUCGGGAUGACGAGUACUACAAGAAAUACAGGUUCAAUCUAAACCGCGAUAAGAGUUUGCCGAUCUAUGCUAAACGGGAGGAAAUCCUGGCGGCCAUAAAUGCCUAUCCGGUCGUAAUUCUCAAGGGCGAAACAGGUUGCGGCAAAACCACGCAGGUGCCCCAGUACAUUUUGGACGAGGGUUUUAAAAGCGGCCAAUACUGCAACAUCGUGGUGACCCAGCCCCGUCGCAUAGCUGCCAUUUCCAUAGCUAACAGAGUGUGCCAGGAGCGCCAAUGGCAGCAGAACACGGUGUGCAACUACCAGGUGGGUCUGCACCGACCGGUGAGUCUGGACGAGACCCGCCUGCUGUACUGCACCACCGGAAUUCUGCUGAACAAUCUGAUACACAACAAGACUCUAACACACUACACCCACAUCGUGUUGGACGAGGUGCAUGAGCGAGACCAGGACAUGGACUUUUUGCUAAUUGUUGUCCGUCGCCUGUUGGCCACAAACUCGCGCCACGUGAAGAUCAUCCUGAUGUCGGCCACGAUCGAUGCCCGUGAGCUGGCCGACUAUUUUACAACGCAGAACUUGAUUCCGCCGGUGAUAAGCGCCAGUCAUGGGCGUAAGUACACGAUUGAGAAGUUUUACCGCGACCAGCUGAACAAAAUUAAGUGGAAGGAGGAGGUGGACGAUCAGUGCGUGCCACGCAUUACCGACGACGGCUACAGGGCGGCGGUGAAGAUCAUUAUGGUCAUCGACAACAUGGAACGGGAGGCCGGCAUCCAGUCCCGACUGAGCUACGACGAGGCCCUGCGCCAUGGAGCCGUACUUAUCUUCCUGCCCGGCGUCUUCGAGAUUGCCAACAUGGAGGAAAACAUUACUAAUAUGUUACAAAAUGACCAAAACAUUAAGGUUUUCAUUGUACGCUGCUUCUCGCUGAUGACCCCGGAGAACCAACGGGAUGUGUUCCUGCCACCGCCUGCGGGUUUUCGCAAGAUCAUUCUUACUACCAACAUCGCUGAGAGCUCCAUUACGGUGCCAGAUGUGUCCUAUGUAAUUGAUUUCUGCCUUACCAAAGUGCUGGUCACCGAUUCGGCCAGCAGCUUCACUUCUCUUCGCCUGUGCUGGGCCUCCAAAGCCAAUUGUCGCCAGCGUGCCGGCCGUGUGGGUCGUCUCCGGAGUGGUCGUGUCUACCGGAUGGUCAACAAAUCCUUUUACCAGAGGGAAAUGUCUGAGUUUGGGAUACCAGAAAUGCUGCGCCUGCCCUUACACAGCUCGGUGCUUAGGGCCAAAGAGUUGGAAAUGGGCUCUCCGGUCGAAAUAUUGGCCUUGGCUCUGUCUCCGCCAAAUCUCUCGGACAUACAGAACACAGUACUGCUGCUGAAGGAGGUGGGUGCACUGUUCCCGACUGUGGAUGGCGUCUACAACGAGAUGGAUGGCGAUAUUACCUUCUGGGGCACAAUCAUGUCUCGUUUGCCGUUGGACACACGCUUGAGCCGCCUCAUUAUAUUGGGCUAUGUAUUUAAUCUACUCGAGGAAGCGAUAAUCAUAUCUGCUGGCUUAUCGAUUCGUGGCUUGUACUUGGACGAAGGUCGAAGGAGCCAAGGAUGCGAUUCAUUUUGGAUGCAUUACAUUUUCGCCGAUGGGUCUGGCUCCGACUUGGUGGCGAUUUGGCGCGUUUACUUGACGUAUCUGAACAUGGUUGAAAUUGGCCACGAAGACGAGUCUGCUCAACGCUGGGCGAAACGUUUGCACGUCUCCCUGCGAUCGCUAAAGGAGAUGCACCUGCUGGUCCAGGAGCUACGUACGCGAUGCUCGGUUCUUGGUCUGGUCCCGUUUCCAGCUGAUCCUGCUCAAAUUUUGGGUGACCGUGAGAAAGUGACGAUCCUCAAAGUGAUCAUCGCCGGUGCUUUCUAUCCGAAUUAUUUUAUGCGCUCGAAGGGGUCGUGUGUGGAACCCGAUCGCGAUGUGUACCAGGUGAUAUCUGGGCACGAUCCUUGUCGCACUGUCUAUUUUACCAACUUUAAGCCCGGGUACAUGGGCGAGUUGUACACUAGACGCGUCAAGGAUCUCUUUCUGGAGGCAAAGAUCCCACCCGAAAACAUCGAUGUUACCUUUCAACCCGGUUCGCAAAAGGUUUUUGUCACCUUCAAGAACGACGAUUGCAAUGAAGACUCAUCCAAGCUUGUCAGUGUGCCGGGCAGAAUCAAAAGUGAAGUCUACAAGGCGGUCAGAAUGAGAAUUGAACGCUUGCAGCGCCCAAUUCGUAUGAUGGAUCAACACAACUUUAUGAACUACGUCCAGCAGCGAAAGAUUGGAGAUGUGAUCGAGGGUCGUUGGAUUCCACCAACAAAAUCCACAAACGUGGAGCUUCUUGCCUUACCAUCGGUCUAUGACAAGACCAUUACCGGGUUGAUUACUUGCAUUGUCAGCUGUGGCAAGUUCUACUUCCAGCCUCAAUCAUUUGCCGAGUGCAUUCGCAACAUGUCGGAGAUCUUCAAUGCUCCGCAGCAGCUGCGAAAUCAUGUAUUAAAUGCAGGUGCCAUCACAAAGGGCCUGAUGGUGCUGGCCAAACGGGACAGUCAUUUCCAGCGCGCCACAGUGAUCCGCCCCGAGAGCCGCAGCAAUCGUCAGCCGAUGUUUUAUGUGCGCUUCAUUGACUAUGGAGACUGCCUUUUGCUGCCCAUGGAGCAGCUUCGCCUGAUGCCGGAUGAGCUGGUAGGGCAGUUCGGCGAGCUGCCACCUCGUGUGUUUGAGUGCAGGUUGGCGCUGGUUCAGCCAUCCACGGCAAUCAGCCAGAGUUGGCCCAAGAAGGCCAAUGAUAUGCUCCAUUCGCUGGCCAAAUGCGGACGCAUCGAGAUCGAGGUGUACUCGCUGUUCAACAACGUGGCAGCUGUUCUCAUCCGCAUGCGCGAUGGCCUAAUCAAUGAGAAGCUGGUGGAGCUUCAGCUGGCUCGUCGGGCCGACGAAGAUUUCAUGUCGCGGAAGGAUCAUGACUUUCGGACCAGCAGACAAGAGUCUGACCGCUACUUGAGUCCGGCGGAGCGGCAGCAAAACAACGAGGAGUACCUCCGCUACUGCCAGCUGCCCCAAGACCAUGAUCUUUCACCGCCACCGCAGGAUAGAUGCAACACUGUGGUAAUGCUAAAGGGACCCUACAGUCCGCUGGAGUCCACCAUGUACUCCACUAUUCGUGUGGGCGUGUGGAAGACUGUAAAAAUUGACAGUGCGUCGGUCAAUGCGGUGCUCCUGGAUGCGGAUCCGCAGGAUCAACACGAUCAGAUGAUUGUGGCCCACACAACCGUGGAGACUGCCAAUGGACAGGCUCUGACCGCCCGUGGAACCACACUGAUGCCCAACGUACACGGAUUUGGAGCACUAAUGGUCAUGCUCUUCUGCCCCACCAUGCAGAUCAAAUGCAACAAAACUUGCACCAAGUAUGUGUCUAUCUUGGCCGGAUUGGGUUGCGACCCAGUAACCAAGGAACCUUAUUUCGAGGAGCACGAUAUGGUGAUCAAUUUGGACGUUAACAUUCUCGAAGAUGAUGUGAACCUGAUCAAUCAAAUGCGCUAUUAUAUCGAUAGCGUCUUUUUCAACUUUAAGGACGAGAAUUACCCAGUGGUUAGUGUUAACGAACGUGGUUCUAUAUUCGCUCAUCUGCGCAAACUCAUCAAUCGCCUUCUGACUAAGGAUCGUAGUUACAUCGAACUUAGCUCGAGCAGCUCGGAUUACCUUUGGGACGCAAGCGACGAUCAGCCGAAGCAGGCUGAGCCGUUCGGCAAGCGGGCCAUAUUCCCCAUGCACUCUGUUCCAGAGCUCCAGGAGGAGAAUGUCGGUCAUGUGCUGCAAUUGGUGCAGAGCUGCAACGAGUUGUACAAAUGGCGCAACUUCCAGGGAGUCUUUGCUCCAAUGACAUGCAAACUGUGCAACCAAUCGUUGGAAUCAGUUCCUCAGCUGAGGAUGCAUCUUCUCACCCAAUUGCAUCGCGAUCGCGAAAAGCAAAUCGACUACCGCAAGGAAUAAAAAUACGUGUCUUCUUAAGAUUGACAAUAACGUUCAGAAAAGAAUUUAAGACCAGUGUCUUUCAAAUGUUAAUUAGUUCCUUUCUAGCUUACUUAAGCUAAAAAUAAGCUAAUUGACAUUUGAAAGACACUGGUAUUAAAUUCUUUUUUGAAAAUUAUCAUUUCUCUGCCCAGUAACCUUUUGAUUUAUGAAAUGUUCAGUUCUUUACUUUUAAAUCAUCUGUACAGGAAACAGAAACCAAACGAAUUGAUCACAAUAAUUAUAAUGAACUACAUUUUUCUAUGUUUUUUUGAAAGAGCUCGUUGCUCUAUAUAAUUGCAAUUUAUAACCUCAGUUAAAUAUAUUUUCGUUAUUCAAACCAAAGACAGUUGCAACAAAUUCAGCUUAUUAUUUAUGACACAAUCAUCAAGUUCAACCGGCAGACUAGCCCUGGGAUUUGCAUGUUCUCCCUCUGCUGGGCUCCAUUUCUUUUUUAUUUUAGAUUAAACUCACACAUUAUGCUUAUGCGACUACAACUACAUUGGAGGAAUUCUGCAAGGGAGCGG